AAACUGCGUGAAACGGGAGCGACCUGAAAGUCUGCGCCAGAGAGGGUGCCAGCGCGCCGGGAGUGGGGGAGGCCGCUGCGCCUCUACGCUGAAAUCAGUGGCGAUCGGCCGCCGCUCGCUCUUUGAAGCGCUCUGUCGCCAUCUUGGCUACGGGCAGCCCCGCGUGCCGUCUUAUCGCGGGCAGCCCCUGCGGAGAGAAAGCGGCGCCGGCGCCGCCCGCCACGGCAGCUCCUUGCGCAGGCUGCGGCCGCUGCCCGGCCUCGGCGCGGCGGUUGACUGUGGAGAUGAAGGCGAGGAUGUCAUACGCGGGACUGCGGAGUCUGCCCCAAGUGCUGGCCUUCACUAGCAAUGGCUACUCUGAGCAUAAGGGUCUGCAAAAAAUAUGCCUUCAUAGUCAAAGGAAACAUAAAAAAAGCUACUUCCUGGCCUACUCAGGAAAUACAUGCGUGCACAGGACUGCCCCACCUGGAAGCAUCCUGCCGUGGAGAUUCUUUUCCUGCAAGCAGGAGGGAACAGAACUCCCUUCCAAAAUGAAGCAAAAGACAUCCAUAAUGACAUCAGAACUUCUGUACAAGGACCUUCUGAAAUCAGAGCAGAAAAACUGGAAUAACAUUUCAGCAAGAUACAAACCUAUGACAAAAAGAAUCAAGGAAAAAUUAGAAGAACUGCAGAAGAAGUAUACAUUCAGUUUGGGAAGCCCAAGGAUAAGGUUUGGGGAGAAUGUGUACUUUGAAGAGAAUGGCUGCGUCUUUCUUUCAAAGGCAGAUGAUGUGGAUGAAGGAAAUGCUGACAUUUUAUUCAGUACUGAAGAUCUUGGCUUUUCUGAUGCCUUUAUUCAACGGAUCAGAAUUUCACCAGAUCAGAGAUACAUGGCUGUCAGCUUAAAAAGUCAAAAUUCUGAAGAGGCAACCUGUGUUAUUGUGAAACUUGGUCGUUUUCCUGCUGUGGAAAAAGUAAUUCCAAGUGUGUUUAGUUUUGAAUGGGCUACAAAUGAUGUUCUGUAUUACACGAGUCAGAAGAACCUUAAAUGCCAGAAUGUGUUUAUGACCACUUUCACUAAUCAGAAACAUACUAAAUUAAUUUAUACAGAACAAGAUGCAAGAUUCUUUGUGGACAUAUAUUGCACAAAAGAUAGACGCUUUCUCACUAUCAACAGCAACAAUAAGACAACCUCAGAAGUUUGGCUAGUUGACUGUAGAGAUCCUUUUAAGUUGCCUGCCCUUGUACAAGCACGAACAAAAGGGGUCCUUUACCAUAUUGAGCACAGAAAUGACGAGUUAUAUAUCCUUACUACAUAUGGAGAACCUGCACAGUAUAAGUUGAUGAAGGCACCAGUGUCUUCCAGCGGCGUGGAGAACUGGCAUUUAGUUUAUGCACUAGAAGAGAAAAGCAAACUAGUAGAUCUGGAGAUGUUCAGUGAUCACUGUGUUAUGUUCCUGAAGAAUGCUGGUCAUCUUUACUUAAAAGUGAUUUCUUUUGUUUCACAUUCAGUUCAGUCAAUAAAGCUACCUACAUGGGCCUGUGAAUUUGAAUUGGAAUCUCAUCUGGAAUGUACCACCAGCACUUGCUAUUUUCAGCUCACCUCCCCAGUACACCCCCCUAAGCGUUUUGCAUAUUCAUUUAAAGAAAAUAAUCUCAUUGAACAAGCUGUGCAAGAGGUACCAAUUACCACGAAUUGUCACACUACACGUUUACUAGCUAAAAGCAAGGAUGAAACUUUGGUGCCAAUUACAGUUUUUCAUAACACAAAUUCUAAAGAGCUGCACAGGAAACCACUUCUGGUUCAUGUAUAUGGAGCUUAUGGCAUAGAUUUGAAAAUGAGCUUUAAAGAAGAGAAGCUGAUGUUAAUUGAAGAGGGUUGGAUAUUAGCAUAUUGCCACGUUAGAGGUGGAGGAGAACUGGGUCUUACCUGGCACAAGGAUGGAUGUCAGUAUAAUAAACUCAAAGGUCUCCAUGACCUUAAGGCUUGCAUCACACUGCUGCACAAACUCGGAUUUUCUCAGCCAAAGUACACAGCACUCUCAGCUGCCAGUGCAGGAGGAGUUCUUGCGGGAGCCCUGUGCAACAGUGAUCCAAAACUUAUCAGAGCCAUGAUUUUACAGGCUCCUUUUGUAGAUGUUCUAAGUACCAUGAUGCAACCUCACCUCCCCCUGACAAUUGAAGAACAGGAAGAGUGGGGAAAUCCAUUAGCAGAUGAAAAGUGUAUGAAGUAUAUCAAAAGCUAUUGUCCAUACCAGAACAUUAAGCCACAGUGCUACCCUUCAGUUUUCAUCACGGCAUACAAAAACGAUCAACGGGUGCCACUGACAGGAGUUCUGCGGUACGUUCAGAAACUUAGGAGGGCUACGCUGGAUUAUGCCAGCAGCACAACUGAGAAAGGAAACUGGAUUCCCAAUAUCAUCUUGGAUGUCCAGGCAAAUGGCAGUCACUGUGAUUCAUCUUGGGAGGAUUCACUGAAUGAGUUUGAAAUGCAUGACCUGUACUAUCAAAGGAUGCUCCUACAAGUGGAUCUCAACAUUCUGCACUUUGUACAGAUUGCAAAACAACUUGCAUUUCUGAACAAAGAACUUGAGGAAGCAUGCCAUCUCCAACAUCCUAUGGAAUCCUGCAAAUACACACUCUGACCACCUGAAGAAUAUGGGACAGGUUUUUAUUUAUAUGAAAAGUGCACACCUUCUCCAGAGAACCUCUCCUCUGGGAUCUGUGCUUUACGAGCAUCAGCAGACAAAUUCAAGGUUGUGUGUGGCAUUGAUUUAUAAACCAAGCGCUGAAUUUCUCCCCUGCCAUACAGUACAGCAGUAGCUACCUGCAUUAAUCCAUUUAUUCAGUACAGUUCUGUUCACAGUAGCCAGCAGCACAGCACUACCUAGGUGGAGCUGACCUAGAUUGGUGCUUAAAGCCUCUCCAGUCUAAAACUUCUCUUCCAAGACCACAUUUUACCCAAGGCAGUGGAUCUCAACCUUAAGGUUGAGAAAAAGAGAGAAUAAGAGAAUGCAAAUAUGUUCUAUCUCAGCAGGGCUGGAGACAGAGGGGAUUGGGGGGGAAAGGCAGGAGGGGUCCAUUGGAAAUGCAGUCCUGACUAUAGAAUCAGACCUGCUAAAUACAUUUUGUUCUUACUAACUCUGAGUGUAACCAGAGCUGUUAUGAGAAGAGGUAAAGCCAUCACACCUUUAUGUGAUAUUACAGGCCCACCCCUUUAGAGUGAGUUUGACAGAUCUAUAGACUUUGAAAGGUUAUUGUGAACUGUCAGUCUUCGGCUUCCUCAGGUACUCUUAAGGACCAGGCACUAAGGUCAGCACUCAGAAAACAACACAGAAAUCUACAUACUUAAACAGGACAGCUUUUUAGAAGAGGUUUGCUUUUCUUCUCCACAGACCUUAAGGGAGCAUUCGUACCAUACUCUUCCUUUCUACUCACCAAUAUGGGUGCAAGACAAUUAGAGAUACCUUUUCUUUUGCAGGAUGUUUAUUUUGUACACAAAGUUUCAAAAGCCAGAAGAAAUCUGAAAGUUUUUUUGUGUUUUCCUGAAAUGAGUAUUUUCUAAAUUAAUCUGACAGUUUGCUUAUUCCACUCCUGCACUUAACAAUACAUAUAGAGUAAAUUGAAGGCACUGGAAUAGCAAGCUUUUUCAGCCACAAAACAAUUUCCUUGAAAAGCCUCCAUGGUAUGAACAGGCUUUGCUGAUUUAUAUUCAAGGACCAGGCCUUCUCCCAUUUCAGUUUUAAUUAGUUUGGUAUUGACAGCUUUACCAGUAUUGCUGACGUUAGUACUCAGUCGUAUAAUAACUUCAGAUGGAAGGUUAGGAACUAGAGCGCUCAGGUCUAUUGUCAAUUCCUGUCCAAAAUUGAGAACCAUCAGAAAGACUCUGUCUAAGCCAUCCAAUUCCCUCACGUACACAAAAACGUUAUCAUCCUUCCAGAUGUAGCACAUCCACCCUCGCUGUAUGGGGAGCUCGUUGCGAAGUAGAGUUAGCUCUCUGUACAGAUUCAGGGUUGAGUUGGACCAGGUCAUCUGGAUCUGCAACAGGCAGCAUUAACAGGGUCAUUUCUUUGCAUGGGCUGCAGGAAAUGGUAGUUCCCCCCACCGCAGACUGCUGAGAACACAUUUCUCAUCAUUCCAUUUCGGCAGUUCUCUCUUCGAAUUUGUUUGUAAAUGCUACUGAAAAAUCAAAUGGGUUUUUUUUUCCUGCUGCAGUACAUUGACAUUUGUGGAGUGACACAGACAGUGGGUACCAGGCAUGAUAGAAUUUUCCCCAACCUAGCAUUUUUUUCUUCUUCCCCCAGUGCCCUGAUAGUGCCACUUGUUCAGUAGAAAGUCAUCACCAUUUAAAGCUUGGUACAGAUUUUUGUUCACUGAGUCUAAUUUACUGAAGUCACAGGGUUUCUUUACUGGUUUUCCUGUCUUCAGUUCUGGUCAGCACCACAGACCAGCAGAAUCUGUUCAAUUCAUUGCACUACUUACAGUAAAGAUGGUCUGUUAAGUUCUUGUUACAUAGCCAGGGCUUUCCACAGUAAUGUAAAUGGGGGGGGGGGGGAAACAGUCUAAAUUUCAAUUGAAUAUUAAAAUUAUUAAAAAGAUGGUGAAGAGCCACGUUACAACAUCUACAGCAAAACUGCAGUUGCUCUGCUUAAAUUAAUUUAGAUUAAGUAUGGCCCUUGGCUGACAAAUAUUUUAUCCCUUGAGUCUAUUCUUACUGCAAAUUUCCACUAAGUAAGAGAAAUCAGAGCAAAAUACAUAUAUUAAAAUAAUUUUAGGCAAUUAGUUUGUCACACUUGCAGAUACCUACUUCCACGUUUACACUUUGGUAGUCAGAGUUAACAGGUAACCAGCUGCUGUUGCCAUCAGUAAAACCAGCAUUAAUUCUGUCAUUCCACUGCAUGGGGGAUUUCUCUGGAAAGGUUACCUAGAAAAUGAAGGUGGUGAUUAAUGUAUGGAGAAGUUAUCCCUUGACUAGUUGUCAUGGAUUCAGUUGAACCUGCUGCUGUUGUUCAGACCAUGCUGCAGUCAUACCAGCUUCAAAAAUGAAAGUGCUAACUGGAGCAAAGCAUUAGGGAGUUUGAAGUUCACACUGCAACAUGGGAGAUCCUGUUCAGCUUGCUGCUUCUGAGUGUUGGCUCUUUUCUGCAGGCAUGGCAGUGGAAUGGGUGGGAGAUGGGUAUCUGCUGGCUUUGGGUUUCUGUUUUAUGCUGAUUUCCCCCUUUUAUUUCACUGCACCAUUUCUGCAAAUAGGCUAAAGUAAUCAUGCAUUGUAUUAUUAAUCAGAUUAUUAGCUAUGGUAGUUAUGCACUGUGAUCAUGAUAUCUCAGUUAUAUUAAACUCUGACCUCUAUCUCAA